AUGAACCUCUUCGAAGCCGCGCCCGCAUUCAGUGAAAUAGGUGCCGGUAUCGGAUGCGGACCCAAUGCAAUCAGCGUCCUCAAGAAGCUCGGCAUCCUCGAGCAUCUCAUGAAGCUGAUAGACCCCUCCGAGCUCAGGGAUCGCGGCUUCAGGUUCUACGAUGGGUUCUCUGAGUCGGUCGAACCCAUCCUCGCCUAUCCGACUGUGCCCGAAGAGAAAGACCAAGGACUUGCCCUCCACAGCCGUCUUCCUCGACGCAUCAUCGGCGCGCUCGACGCCAGCAGCGCGCACUUCAACAAGCGCGCCACCGCGGUCACGGAGUCGCCCACGAACCCGAAGCGGCUCGUGAUCCACUUCCAGGACGGGACGACGCACGAGGCCGACGUCGUGCUGGGCGCGGACGGGAUCAAGAGCACGGUGCGGCCGUACGUGCUCGGGCACAAGGACGACCGGGUCAAGUUCGCGAACACGAAGCUCAAGGCGGCGGGCUUCAAGUACGACAUCUCGGAGUACCCCGCGUCCGUGUCCGGGAACAGCAAGCACUUCAUCCUCUUUGCGAUCAAGAACGCUUCCAUCAUCAACGUCGUCGCAUUCGACGCUCGCUACGACAUCGAGAUCGGCGACCAGAGCCUUCCCGAAGGCGCGCCCUGGGUCGAGAGCGUGACCAAGAACGAGAUGAAGGCAGCCUACAAGGGCAUGAACUCGAGCAUCAUGGCCCUCCUCGAGUGCAUGCCCGAAACCCCGAGCAAGUGGUCCGUCCACGUCCUCGCCCCGCCGCUCGAGAGCUACGCCAAGGGUAGGGUCGCGCUGCUCGGUGACGCGGCACACGCGAUGCUGCCCCACUGGGGCGCCGGGGCGGGACAGGGCCUCGAGGAUGCGUACCUGCUCGUGCGCCUUCUCAGUGACCCUGAAACCGACGUGGAUAACGUUGAGGAGGUCCUCCAGGAAUACUCCCGCAUCAGACAGCCUCGCGCCCAGAUGGUGUGGGAGGGGAGCCGACGGUCUGGGCGGAUUUACGAUCUCAGCCAUCCCGACGGGAACACGUACGAUGACGUGCGGAACAACCUGAAGGACAUGUACGCCCCUGUGUGGUACCACAACAUGGACGAUGACGUAGACGAGGUUGUGAACGAGCUUAGGAAGAAAGGGGUCUUUAAAGCAAUGACUUCAUAA